AGCGUGAAAGUUGUUGGUUCAUGUAGACAAGUGAUGUAAUUGAAACAAAUUAAAGAGUUUAGUCACGUCUGAAAUAAAUUAAAGUUGAUUGACUAAUAAAAUUAAAGCGGUACUGGUGUGUUUACCUGAUAGUAAUCCGGUUCAUGGCUCCUUUCUUCUCCACCAAAUCCAUCUCAAUUGCAAUUCUAAUCCUUGGUAUGUUAAUAUCAAACCAAGAAGCUUAUGGUCAUGGAUGCUACAAGUCUAUAAUCAGUUUCGGCGAUUCACUCUCUGACACUGGGAAUCUGUUUCAUAUUUAUCCACCCGAUAAACCUCCCGAAUCCGGGCGAUGGCCUUAUGGGGAAACCUUCUUCAAACACCCCACCGGGCUGUAUUCCGACGGCCGACUCAUCGUUGAUAUCAUUGCACAGAGUUUGGGGCUGCCAUUUCUGGAACCAUUUAUUGGCGGUAAAAAUACAAAUGCAAGUAGCAGAAAUUUUAGUAAAGGUGUGAAUUUUGCAGUUGCUGGAGCUACAGCACUUAAUCUAUCUUUUCUUGAGAGAAGUGGAAUAUUUAAUCCUCUGACUAAUGUCUUUCUGGGAACUCAGUUGGAUUGCUUCAAAGAAUUUUUUGCCACAUUCUGCAAGACAAAUCCAGAUUGUAAAACAUUUCUUCAAACAUCUCUAAUUCUAGUGGGGGAGAUUGGAGGCAACGAAUACAAUUACGCGUUCGUGCAAGGAACGGACAUAGAAUUGAUUGAAUCUUUGUUACUGCAAUUAUCAGCGACAUCAGCUUCACGGUCCAAAUUAGGCUGCUAUUUUCUGAAUAUCUCCUCCGUGUUAACAUCAUUAUUGCCUUGUGAAGACAAUAUUGGAGUGAAUUUCUGUAUAUUGACCAAGUUCAAUUUGCGGUUGAAGUCGUUGAAAAUCUGUCUGGAUAACCCUUUGGUGAAGAUAUCUGUCGUUUGCUCUCUAAGUUUGAUCGGCAAAUCUAUUCCAACUUUGAGUUCUUCUAAGAGUUUUUUUAUCCAUAAUCCUUCACAUAUUCCUUGUGCAACCGCUCUAAAUUCAGCUUUCGCGCUGCUUUAUGUCAUUACAUUCUAUUUCUUGUUUUUCCAAAACAGCCCUUUCUCAGAGGUGCUUUUUAAAUAUCUAAGAAUUUUAUAUACUGUUUCCAACCAGUCUAGAUUUACUGCGAAUGAUAAGAGAACUCGAGCUGCAUUGAGUUCUGCCACUGGUGCGAAUGUUUCAGUCCUACGGGUUUCUUUCCCUUCGUGGGAUUUCUGUUUUAUCGAGAUAACACAUUACAAGACAAAUUUGGGACAUGAAGUACAGAAUUCAAUGUUAUGGACUCAGAUAUUCGAAUACUCCAUUUUCCUGCAACAGAUGAGAGCUGUUUAUGAUCGUGAGGUUGGAUCCAUCAAUACUUCGUUACUUCCUUUUGAUGAUAGGCCCAAAUUUCCUCCCCCAAGUCUGACUGGUCCAAAUCCACCAGAAAUGUUAUUAUCUGACCCAAAUCUAGAUCUAACGCAGAGGUGCUCUCCUUCAUCAUUGCUACCUAGUGUGCCUCCUUUCGUCGGACUUCAGAGAACACUUCGCAAGUGGGAGGUAGCGGUUGCCGACCCAUUAUUCGAAAUCUUCCGAAUCGGAGUAGGUAUCUUUCGCUGCGUCCCAAGCAUCUUUUGCGGUUGGAAGAAAGAGGUAUGCCUUUCCGAUUGCCGGUUUCAUGGAAUUCACCAACUAGGCAGUUACCAUGGAGUUUUCGGACUUUCACUUCUGCAACAUGAUACUCUUGGUUGGUCUCUUGGUCUCGUCGAUAAGCAGGAAUUAAUUAAGCUUGGAGCCAGUACAGUGAUUGUUCCGGGGAACCUGCCAAGUGGUUGUGUGCCUUAUUAUCUUUCGUAUUACAAGAACUCAGAUGAAAAAGAAUAUGACCGUAAAACUGGUUGUCUUAACUGGUUAAACAGGUUUUCUGAGCACCAUAAUGAUCUGCUUCAGAUGGAACUGAACCGUAUACGUGGUCUUUAUCCUCAUGCCACCAUUAUAUAUGGAGAUUAUUACAAUGCUGCAAUGCGCAUUUAUCUUUCUCCAAACAAAUUUGGAUUUACAAAUGUUUUUAGAGCAUGCUGUGGAGCAGGAGGACCAUACAACUACAAUGCAUCGGCGCCAUGCAGCACUCCACCAGCAACCGUUUGUGAUGAUCCUUCUCAAUAUGUUAGUUGGGAUGGUAUACACUUUACAGAGGCAGCCUACCGCUGGAUAGCUCAGGGUCUACUCGAAGGACCAUACACCAUUCCUCUCAUACGUACAGUAUGUAGCUUAAUAUCUCGAACCUCUGGACCUUCUGAGUAUUAAUAUGUUACAAGUUUUUGAUUUUCCUACAAGCUUUCAUGAAUUAAUUGAGGCUAGAAUUGCCGUCAUUCUCUGCUCUUCUUGCCAGUGCUGUGAGUUGAAACAUUACCACUUUCCUUAGCCACUAUAAAUUAGUAGAACUGGAGUGCAUCCAAAUACUAGUAAAACAUGUAUCUUGGUGUUUAAAAAGCACCUGGAGCUGCGUAAUUGGUUAUUGUCAUUUAGGUGGAGUUUCUGUUUGUAUUAAUUUGAUAAAAUUGCAGAGAUUACCUAUUGUCUUGAUAAAACGAAAUAUUGCUGGAUUAUUAUUACCUCAAGUGAUUGAAGAGUGGCUUACUCAUCUUUA